GCGGGCGCGGGGCGCCUGAGCGCAGCGGACAAAGGCGGCGGCUGGGCAGGCGGGCGGCGGCCCCCGUGCAACUUUCCUGCGGGCCCCUGCGCGAGCCAUGGGGGCCCGGCGAGCCCCGGCGGCAGGCUCGGAAGGCAGCGGCGCCCCGGGGGCCUAGCGCGGGGUGGAGCGAGCCGGGGGGGCUGCAGGGUCCCUGCUGCGUCUCGGGCUCCCCCGCCGGCGCAGUGACGGGCGGGGGCUCUCUGCAGCGGCAGCCCCGGGCCGGGGCCGGGAGAGCCUGACCUUGCCCCCCCCCCCCCCUCGGCAGCAGCAUGGGCGGGAGCCCCACCGGCCUGCCGGGCUGGAGCCUGCACCCGACGGGCUCCGGCAAGAUGCUGGGCUGGAGCCUGCUGCUGCUGCUGGCUUCCCUGGGGCGCAGCGAGGCGGCGGAGGCUGGCGAAGUCAGUGCAGAGGCCUGGCUCCGGCUGUAUGGCUACCUCCCGCAGUCCAGCCGGCAGAUGUCCACCAUGCGGUCGGCGCAGAUCCUGGCCUCCGCACUCUCCGAGAUGCAGAGGUUCUAUGGGAUCACGGUGACCGGCGUCCUGGAUGAGGAGACCAAGCUGUGGAUGAAGCGGCCCCGCUGUGGUGUCCCGGAUCAGUUUGGAGUCCAGAUCAAAGCCAACAUGCGGCGGAAGCGGUACGCGCUCACCGGGCGGCGCUGGAGCCAAACCCACCUGACCUUCAGCAUCCAGAACUACACGGAUAAGCUGGGGCGGUACCACUCGUACGAGGCCGUUCGCCGAGCCUUCCGGGUGUGGGAGCAGGCCACGCCCCUCGUCUUCCAAGAGGUCCCCUACGAUGACAUCAGGCACAAGAGGAGGAAGGAGGCCGACAUCAUGGUGCUCUUCGCCUCCGGUUUCCACGGAGACAGCUCCCCCUUCGAUGGCGUGGGGGGCUUCCUCGCCCACGCCUAUUUCCCCGGCCCUGGGAUGGGAGGGGACACGCACUUCGACUCGGAUGAGCCCUGGACACUGGAAAACACCGACGUGUCUGGCAACAAUCUUUUCCUGGUGGCCAUCCACGAGCUGGGGCACUCGCUGGGGCUGGAGCACUCCAGCAACCCCAGCGCCAUCAUGGCCCCCUUCUACCAGUGGAUGGACACGGAGAACUUCCAGCUGCCCGAGGACGACCUCAAGGGCAUCCAGCAGCUGUACGGUGCCCCUGAUGGGCAGCCCCAGCCCACCCGGCCCCUCCCUACGGUGACUCCCCGCGGCCCUGGAAAGCCAGACCACAGACCCCCCAAGCCACCUCCCCCCGGUAAACCAGAUCGGCCCCCGAAACCAGGCAACCCGGACCGGCCCAGAACCACUGACCGGCCCGAGCAGUACGGGCCCAACAUCUGUGAUGGGGAGUUCGACACCGUGGCUGUGCUGCGCGGGGAAAUGUUUGUGUUUAAGGGCCGAUGGUUCUGGAGGGUUCGCCAUAACCGGGUGCUGGACAACUACCCCAUGCCCAUCGGGCACUUCUGGAGGGGCCUCCCCGGGGACAUCGACGCCGCCUACGAGAGGCACGACGGCAAAUUCGUGUUCUUCAAAGGGGAUCGGUACUGGCUCUUCCGAGAGGCAAACCUGGAGCCCGGGUACCCGCAGCCCCUCACCAGCUAUGGGCAGGGCAUUCCCUACGACAAGAUCGACACUGCCAUCUGGUGGGAGCCCACGGGACACACCUUCUUCUUCCGCGGGGACAGGUACUGGCGCUUUAACGAGGAGACCCACUCCGUGGAUCCUGGCUACCCGAAGCUGAUCACCGUGUGGGUGGGAAUCCCUCCCACGCCCAAGGGGGCCUUCUUGAGCUCGGAUGCCUCGUACACCUAUUUCUACAAAGGCACCAAGUACUGGAAGUUCGACAAUGAGCGGUUGAAGACGGAGCCGGGGUACCCCAAGUCCAUCCUGCGGGACUUCAUGGGCUGCCACGAGGCACCUGCGCCGGACCCCGACCCUGGGCACCGAUGGCCUGACCUGGACAGACCUCCCUUCAACCCGGACGGCAGGGGCACGGACGCCGAGCGCGAGGGGGACGAAGGGGAGGCCGAAGCACGCCCCAGCGACCGAGAGGAGCAGGAGGAGGAGGAGGAGGACUACAGCGGCCCUACCCAGGGCAACGGCAACGACGUGGACAUCGUGGUGCAGAUAGACAAGUACACGCGGACCAUGAGCAUCGUCAUGGUGAUGGUGCCCCUGGUGCUGCUGCUUUGCGUUCUGGGCCUCAUCUACGCCAUCAUCCAGAUGCACAGGAAGGGGGCCCCUCGGAUGCUGCUCUACUGCAAACGCUCCUUGCAGGAGUGGGUCUGAUCCUGGACCCCUGCCCCACCGUGACCCUCCCCAGCCCAAUUUUCCCCCACCACCAUGGUGCUAACAAAGAAGCUUGAGAAGACGAAGCCCCUGGAGCCUUUCCUGGACUACUUACACCAAGAUUUUGCACAUUGAGUUGAAUGCGCUCGGCCAGGCCUACUCCCCACUCCUAGCAUGUAGGAGACGCCCCACUGCAGACUCCUCCGUGCCUACAGCCGCCCCCUGCCCUUCCUGUGCCUGGAUCAAGGCCGCCUAUGGCCCCCUCCCUGCUGGGGGAGAGGGGGGUUGCCCCACGAUCUGGGUUGCUCCCAGUGUUCCCGCUGGGUGAGGGAGACCACGUCUUUGCUCUGUAGCCCCUGAUCUCUCAGUGCUGCAGGGUUGGCAUUGGGGAGCAGCCAGUUGCUGGGGGCCCCCAUCUCUGCUUCACAGAAGCACAUGGGCCCCAAGCAUAUCCCCCACAUGAGGGGACAGCUGGGUGGGUUUCCCUUACGGCACUCCUGGGCCAUGGGGGUCUCUUCCCCCUGUCCUCAGCCGCCACCUCCCGCGGCUGCGUUCUCAGCUCGGCGCCCAGCCACGGGCUCGCAGGGGCAGAACUCGAAAUGCUUCCUCAGCUCGGCUCUUCCCCCAGGAAUCAGCCCUCAGGGAUGUUUCCCUUGGGCGCCCAGCCACAGGUCGUGCGUGUGUUGUCUGGGCCGCGUCCUGGCUGGGCCCAUGGAGCAGGGGGCGGAGAUCCUGGGCUGGGUGGUUCACCCCGGCAGGUCACCAGUCUGGUCACUCCUUGGGGGAUUCGUCCCCCAGCCCGAGGGAAGGGAACCCUUUUCCCGGGUGAGGUCCUAGAGGAGAGGCCCGGCUCCUCGGUCCAUCCCAGGUGCUCUGGCUCUGAUGUCUGUUUCAAGGAGAGCCCCCGCCGUUCCCCUCCCCUCCCUGUCUCCUCGCCUCAGUGGUCUCUGCAGCCCUGCUCCUCCCGGGCCAGGUGGGCCAGCUGCUCCGUGCACUGCCCUGGGGGAGUGGGAAGCCAUCUCCCCCGCCCCUCUUCUCGCUCGCCCGGACGGUGCUAACGUCUAGCCGCAGCUUUUCCCCAUAUGCAGAGUGCUAGGGGUGGGGCCCAGGGGAGCUGCUCCCCAUGGCCAUCCUUGGGCUCUGGACAUUGGCUUUCCUGGGCCAAGGUACAGAAAGGGGAGGGCGGUGGGAUAGUGAGGGGGCACGUACCAGCUGGAGAACUGGAUUCCAAUCCUGGCUCAGGUCCCAGGUGCCAGGAGUUUGAUGGCCUCAGCCUUGUGUCUAGCAGGGUUUGGAAUGGGGACUGACCAGGAUUAUACAUCUGAGCCCCUGGUUAGGAGGGAACUGGGGCUGGAGUAGCUGCAGGGCAGGACGGAGGCGCAUUGGCUGAGCUGGGUGGGGGCCCAGAACUGGAAUAGCAGGGGGCUGCCGGGUAUUGGCGGAGCUGAAGGUGCACGAGGAGCCCAGCUCUGGCUGCUGCUCAUUACCCAGGCCCUGGUUGGGUUCCAGGGCGCGCUGAGCUGGGCUUUCUGGCCCAGGCCGGCGGGGUGGCGGUGACAUCACUGUGUUUAUUUCCUGUUUAACUGUUUGCAGCUGGGAAACGAGGGAGGUAAGGAGCCUAAAGAUAGCAGAGGUCUCUGGAACCUGCCCUGGGAAGGCUGGCCAGCAGCCGAGGGCCAGCCCCAGGGACGCGGGUCGGUUCCCAGCAGGGCCUCCAUCCAUUGGGAAGAUACUCUUACCAUGGAAGUCGCCCCGUAGCUGCUUUUCAUCCGCUUCCUUCUCCCCCGCACCCCCGCUUCCGAACCAAACAGCAGCCUCCAGGGCCUGUGGGAAAGCAGCAGCUCCAGCCCCAGAGCAGAGCCUGAGAGCGCCGUGCUCGGGGAGCAAGCUGCUCAGGGAGGGGGUGCAGGGGGGGGAGGUGCGGCUUAGAAACUCUGCUCCAUAAAAGCUUUUGUGGGAGGCGAGGGCCAGCCCGGCCCAGGCUCGCAGCUUGGGUGGAACAAAGCUCUGGCCCUUGCAGAGCAGUUUAGCCUCUGGAGAGGGGGCAGCAAGGCAGGACAGACACCUUCCCCCUUUGGCCAGCAGCCUGGCAAACCCCAGCUUAGCAGACACUGUACAGGUUCCUUGUAACUACACCACUGAAUUGGACUGUAAAGAGGUGGUGGCCUUGUCCACCUCCUCCCAGAGAGCUGGGAUCUACCAGGAAAGGUUGCGUAUCGGGAGCUCUGAACACCCAACUCUAGUGGGUGCAGCUCCGGCCUUCCUGCCUUUCUCCUGAUCCAGAGGGCAGCACCCACUCUGCAGAGCCUGCCCGCUCCUCCGUUCUUGCACCAGAUGUGCCGACUUUCCCCCGCACGGGGAAAUUGUCCCAGCACUGCCAAUGGGCACAAGGUGGAGAAACGGGUGGGAUUUACUGUGGGUCCCUGAGGCCUGUACUCUGGGCCAGAACCGGCCUGGCCAAAUCUGCCUUUUUUCAUGGUUGAGUAAAAUACUGGUAGUUUUGUUA